UGUUCUUUACACAGCUUUCAGUUUAUCAGAGAAACUGUUAAAGCUUUCAACAUGCGUUUGACGUUGGUCGUAAUACUGAUAGCGAUUAUGUGUAUUGUGGUUGCUGAUGCCCAUCGUCGUAGACGGAGACGGGAUCAGAGAGGACGAAAGGAACGAGGAGGGUGGGGAGGAGACGGACCGGGACAGGGUGGGUGGGGCGAACGCGGAAGGGGGCGAGGAUGGAGCAAACGAGGAGGAAGAGGAAGCAAUUGGCCAUCCCGACGACAUUGUCAGCCAGUUGAUGGUAAUUGGGGAACUUGGUCUAAUUAUAACGAAUGCUCUUUAACAUGUGGUUUUGGCAUACAGAAGCGAUAUAGAGUUUGCAAUAACCCCGCCCCGGAGUAUCAUGGACGUCGCUGCAUUGGUAGAAACCAAGAAGAACGGUACUGUAAUCAAUGUCCUUGUCCAGACCCCUGUGAUGCCGUUAAAUGUCUUAGUGGAGGUAAAUGUAUAAGAGGCAUAUGUGAAUGCACAUUUGGAUAUUCUGGACCAGAUUGUGGCGUUGAUUCUUGUAACAACAUAUGUUUGAACAAUGCAACAUGUAACAAUGGUAUAUGUGAUUGCCCUCCAAUGUUCAGUGGAGAAGAUUGUGGAACUAAGCUAGAACCAGUCGAUCUUUGUGAGAAUAUCACAUGUGUCAAUAACGGUCAGUGUAUAUCAGGUAUUUGUAAAUGUAUCCCUGGUUACGAUGGAGAUAAUUGUACUGUCAAUGUAUGUGAAAUAACAGACUGUCCUGGUGAAACAACACCUUGUGUACCAAUCCUUGCACCUGGUGGAUACACAUGUAGUUGUGUUAAAGCGAUUCUGUCAAUUCCGAGUUUCAGUGGCUGCACAGAAAGGUCAAUCAUUACACCUGGAAAGUCAUAUGGCAAAAAUCUGAAUGUAACAACCAAUAUACCUGGAGUUCCAGGUAAAAACAUCACCAUUUCAUUCAUUUCAUUCAUAGGUGCUCCUGAUUACCUAGAGAUUGGAGGCACACGAUAUACAGGCUUUACGGCUCCAGCAGACAUCACGCUUUCACCUGGUGCUGGUACCCAAGUACGCCUUGUUACCAACAACUUCGCAGGUGCUGGAGGUUAUAUUUUUACCUAUCAAUAUAUAGACGCUGUACCAGAUUCAAAUCCUUGUAAAAACGGAGGAACGCCCACUUCAGAACAAACCUGUAAUUGUAUGGCAGGUUUUAAGGGAACUAAUUGUGAAUUUCCACCAAUAUUAACAUCAGGCGGUAAAUACCGUGAGAAAGAGAACAUAUUUUUCACACUACCUGGUUUUCCAGAGAAAGAUCUUGUCCUUACAUUUGAUGAAGAUUUUAGUAUUGAAACUACGAAUGGUAAUUGUAAUGAUACUCUAAGAAACGAUUGUAUGGAAGAUUAUGUGGAGAUAGAAGGAACAAGAUAUUGUGGAGACGUGGCCCCGGAACCUAUUACCAUACCUACAGGUAAAGGAACAAUAGUACGUUUUUUGAGUGACAUGGACGCUGAAACAUGCCCGAUAGGUUUUAGACUCACCUAUGUCUAUAAAGACCCGUAGUCGUUUUAAGAAAAAAAAAUGCUGCUAAACGUAAAACCAGGAAUUAUUGUUUGUAAAUUUAAUGGUAUUAUUUGAUGGAAGGAUAUGUCAGCAGAAAAGUUGUGUUAACCAAGCAGAAAUAAUUCCUAGUUUUACAGAAAUCUAAAAAUUGGUAUAUGAUAUUAAUACAACAAACCAAUACAAAUUGUGUAUACCACUUUGUC